GAGCGGAGCAGCAAGGUGAAAUUCACGGGCCUCAGGAGGCAGGUGACCGCCUCCGACCUGGUGGACUCGGGCAUCAUCGACAAGGACACGCUGGCCGACCUGGUCCAGGGCUCCAAGACCGUGCAGGAGGUGACGGAAAUGGCCUCCGUCAAGCGCUACCUGGACGGCACGGGCUGCAUCGCCGGCGUGCUGGUGCCCUCCAAGGCCGACCCCGCCAAGACGGAGAAGAUGAGCAUCUACCAGGCCAUGUGGAAGGGCAUCCUGCGGCAGGGCACGGCCCUGGUGCUGCUGGAGGCGCAGGCUGCCACCGGCUUCCUCGUUGACCCGCUCGCCAACAAGAAGCUCUCCGUGGACGAGGCCGUCUCCUCCGGGCUGGUGGGCAGCGAGCUGCACGAGAAGCUCCUCUCGGCCGAGAGGGCCGUCACGGGCUACACCGACCCCUACACCGGCGAGCAGAUCUCCCUCUUCCAGGCCAUGAAGAAGGAGCUCAUCGUCAAGGAGCACGGCAUCCGCCUGCUCGAGGCCCAGAUCGCCACCGGCGGCAUCAUCGACCCCGUGCACAGCCACCGCCUCCCCGUGGAGGUGGCCUACCGCCGCGGCUACUUCGACCAGGAGAUGAGCCAGGUCCUCUCCGACCCCACCGACGACACCAAGGGCUUCUUCGACCCCAACACCCACGAGAACCUCACCUACAUGCAGCUCCUGCGCCGCUGCGUGCCCGACCCGGACACGGGGCUGCUCAUGCUCCAGCUGAUGGACAAGGGCUCCGUGCUCUACCAGCUGACCGAGGACGCCCGCAAAGCCCUGCAGGCCGCCCGCACCACCCUCAGCGUGGGGCUCUUCCGGGGCCAGAGCGUCACCGUCUGGGAGCUCCUCUUCUCCCGCUACGUGCCCGACCACCGGCGCCAGGACCUCCUCCGCAGGUACAAGGCGGGGACGCUCACCGUCUCGGAGAUGAUCACCCUCCUCACCGCCAUCGUCACCGGGGCCGAGGGCCAGGGCCACGGCGCCGCCCUGGCCCGCAAGCCCACGCAGCGGGAGGCCCCGCCGCCGGCCCAGAACGGCGAGGCCGCGGCCUCCCGGCAGCAGCGGGAGCGGGAGCGGGAGCGGGAGCGGGAGCUGGAGCUGGAGCGGGAGCUGGAGCUGGAGCGCUCCCUCACGUCCCACACCGUCGAGGUCUCGGCGGGCGGCUUCCAGGGCAGGAAGGUCUCCCUGUGGGAGCUCCUCUUCUCCAAGUACGUCUCCGAGGCAAAGAGGCAGGAGCUGCUGGGGCAGGUGCGCGCCGGCAGCCUGGCGCUGGACGAGCUGGCAAGGCUCCUCACCGUCCUCGUCGAGGAGGCGGUGGAGCGGAGCAGCAAGGUGAAAUUCACGGGCCUCAGGAGGCAGGUGACCGCCUCCGACCUGGUGGACUCGGGCAUCAUCGACAAGGACACGCUGGCCGACCUGGUCCAGGGCUCCAAGACCGUGCAGGAGGUGACGGAAAUGGCCUCCGUCAAGCGCUACCUGGACGGCACGGGCUGCAUCGCCGGCGUGCUGGUGCCCUCCAAGGCCGACCCCGCCAAGACGGAGAAGAUGAGCAUCUACCAGGCCAUGUGGAAGGGCAUCCUGCGGCAGGGCACGGCCCUGGUGCUGCUGGAGGCGCAGGCUGCCACCGGCUUCCUCGUUGACCCGCUCGCCAACAAGAAGCUCUCCGUGGACGAGGCCGUCUCCUCCGGGCUGGUGGGCAGCGAGCUGCACGAGAAGCUCCUCUCGGCCGAGAGGGCCGUCACGGGCUACACCGACCCCUACACCGGCGAGCAGAUCUCCCUCUUCCAGGCCAUGAAGAAGGAGCUCAUCGUCAAGGAGCACGGCAUCCGCCUGCUCGAGGCCCAGAUCGCCACCGGCGGCAUCAUCGACCCCGUGCACAGCCACCGCCUCCCCGUGGAGGUGGCCUACCGCCGCGGCUACUUCGACCAGGAGAUGAGCCAGGUCCUCUCCGACCCCACCGACGACACCAAGGGCUUCUUCGACCCCAACACCCACGAGAACCUCACCUACAUGCAGCUCCUGCGCCGCUGCGUGCCCGACCCGGACACGGGGCUGCUCAUGCUCCAGCUGAUGGACAAGGGCUCCGUGCUCUACCAGCUGACCGAGGACGCCCGCAAAGCCCUGCAGGCCGCCCGCACCACCCUCAGCGUGGGGCUCUUCCGGGGCCAGAGCGUCACCGUCUGGGAGCUCCUCUUCUCCCGCUACGUGCCCGACCACCGGCGCCAGGACCUCCUCCGCAGGUACAAGGCGGGGACGCUCACCGUCUCGGAGAUGAUCACCCUCCUCACCGCCAUCGUCACCGGGGCCGAGGGCCAGGGCCACGGCGCCGCCCUGGCCCGCAAGCCCACGCAGCGGGAGGCCCCGCCGCCGGCCCAGAACGGCGAGGCCGCGGCCUCCCGGCAGCAGCGGGAGCGGGAGCGGGAGCGGGAGCGGGAGCUGGAGCUGGAGCGGGAGCUGGAGCUGGAGCGCUCCCUCACGUCCCACACCGUCGAGGUCUCGGCGGGCGGCUUCCAGGGCAGGAAGGUCUCCCUGUGGGAGCUCCUCUUCUCCAAGUACGUCUCCGAGGCAAAGAGGCAGGAGCUGCUGGGGCAGGUGCGCGCCGGCAGCCUGGCGCUGGACGAGCUGGCAAGGCUCCUCACCGUCCUCGUCGAGGAGGCGGUGGAGCGGAGCAGCAAGGUGAAAUUCACGGGCCUCAGGAGGCAGGUGACCGCCUCCGACCUGGUGGACUCGGGCAUCAUCGACAAGGACACGCUGGCCGACCUGGUCCAGGGCUCCAAGACCGUGCAGGAGGUGACGGAAAUGGCCUCCGUCAAGCGCUACCUGGACGGCACGGGCUGCAUCGCCGGCGUGCUGGUGCCCUCCAAGGCCGACCCCGCCAAGACGGAGAAGAUGAGCAUCUACCAGGCCAUGUGGAAGGGCAUCCUGCGGCAGGGCACGGCCCUGGUGCUGCUGGAGGCGCAGGCUGCCACCGGCUUCCUCGUUGACCCGCUCGCCAACAAGAAGCUCUCCGUGGACGAGGCCGUCUCCUCCGGGCUGGUGGGCAGCGAGCUGCACGAGAAGCUCCUCUCGGCCGAGAGGGCCGUCACGGGCUACACCGACCCCUACACCGGCGAGCAGAUCUCCCUCUUCCAGGCCAUGAAGAAGGAGCUCAUCGUCAAGGAGCACGGCAUCCGCCUGCUCGAGGCCCAGAUCGCCACCGGCGGCAUCAUCGACCCCGUGCACAGCCACCGCCUCCCCGUGGAGGUGGCCUACCGCCGCGGCUACUUCGACCAGGAGAUGAGCCAGGUCCUCUCCGACCCCACCGACGACACCAAGGGCUUCUUCGACCCCAACACCCACGAGAACCUCACCUACAUGCAGCUCCUGCGCCGCUGCGUGCCCGACCCGGACACGGGGCUGCUCAUGCUCCAGCUGAUGGACAAGGGCUCCGUGCUCUACCAGCUGACCGAGGACGCCCGCAAAGCCCUGCAGGCCGCCCGCACCACCCUCAGCGUGGGGCUCUUCCGGGGCCAGAGCGUCACCGUCUGGGAGCUCCUCUUCUCCCGCUACGUGCCCGACCACCGGCGCCAGGACCUCCUCCGCAGGUACAAGGCGGGGACGCUCACCGUCUCGGAGAUGAUCACCCUCCUCACCGCCAUCGUCACCGGGGCCGAGGGCCAGGGCCACGGCGCCGCCCUGGCCCGCAAGCCCACGCAGCGGGAGGCCCCGCCGCCGGCCCAGAACGGCGAGGCCGCGGCCUCCCGGCAGCAGCGGGAGCGGGAGCGGGAGCGGGAGCGGGAGCUGGAGCUGGAGCGGGAGCUGGAGCUGGAGCGCUCCCUCACGUCCCACACCGUCGAGGUCUCGGCGGGCGGCUUCCAGGGCAGGAAGGUCUCCCUGUGGGAGCUCCUCUUCUCCAAGUACGUCUCCGAGGCAAAGAGGCAGGAGCUGCUGGGGCAGGUGCGCGCCGGCAGCCUGGCGCUGGACGAGCUGGCAAGGCUCCUCACCGUCCUCGUCGAGGAGGCGGUGGAGCGGAGCAGCAAGGUGAAAUUCACGGGCCUCAGGAGGCAGGUGACCGCCUCCGACCUGGUGGACUCGGGCAUCAUCGACAAGGACACGCUGGCCGACCUGGUCCAGGGCUCCAAGACCGUGCAGGAGGUGACGGAAAUGGCCUCCGUCAAGCGCUACCUGGACGGCACGGGCUGCAUCGCCGGCGUGCUGGUGCCCUCCAAGGCCGACCCCGCCAAGACGGAGAAGAUGAGCAUCUACCAGGCCAUGUGGAAGGGCAUCCUGCGGCAGGGCACGGCCCUGGUGCUGCUGGAGGCGCAGGCUGCCACCGGCUUCCUCGUUGACCCGCUCGCCAACAAGAAGCUCUCCGUGGACGAGGCCGUCUCCUCCGGGCUGGUGGGCAGCGAGCUGCACGAGAAGCUCCUCUCGGCCGAGAGGGCCGUCACGGGCUACACCGACCCCUACACCGGCGAGCAGAUCUCCCUCUUCCAGGCCAUGAAGAAGGAGCUCAUCGUCAAGGAGCACGGCAUCCGCCUGCUCGAGGCCCAGAUCGCCACCGGCGGCAUCAUCGACCCCGUGCACAGCCACCGCCUCCCCGUGGAGGUGGCCUACCGCCGCGGCUACUUCGACCAGGAGAUGAGCCAGGUCCUCUCCGACCCCACCGACGACACCAAGGGCUUCUUCGACCCCAACACCCACGAGAACCUCACCUACAUGCAGCUCCUGCGCCGCUGCGUGCCCGACCCGGACACGGGGCUGCUCAUGCUCCAGCUGAUGGACAAGGGCUCCGUGCUCUACCAGCUGACCGAGGACGCCCGCAAAGCCCUGCAGGCUGCCCGCACCACCCUCAGCGUGGGGCUCUUCCGGGGCCAGAGCGUCACCGUCUGGGAGCUCCUCUUCUCCCGCUACGUGCCCGACCACCGGCGCCAGGACCUCCUCCGCAGGUACAAGGCGGGGACGCUCACCGUCUCGGAGAUGAUCACCCUCCUCACCGCCAUCGUCACCGGGGCCGAGGGCCAGGGCCACGGCGCCGCCCUGGCCCGCAAGCCCACGCAGCGGGAGGCCCCGCCGCCGGCCCAGAACGGCGAGGCCGCGGCCUCCCGGCAGCAGCGGGAGCGGGAGCGGGAGCUGGAGCUGGAGCGGGAGCUGGAGCUGGAGCGCUCCCUCACGUCCCACACCGUCGAGGUCUCGGCGGGCGGCUUCCAGGGCAGGAAGGUCUCCCUGUGGGAGCUCCUCUUCUCCAAGUACGUCUCCGAGGCAAAGAGGCAGGAGCUGCUGGGGCAGGUGCGCGCCGGCAGCCUGGCGCUGGACGAGCUGGCAAGGCUCCUCACCGUCCUCGUCGAGGAGGCGGUGGAGCGGAGCAGCAAGGUGAAAUUCACGGGCCUCAGGAGGCAGGUGACCGCCUCCGACCUGGUGGACUCGGGCAUCAUCGACAAGGACACGCUGGCCGACCUGGUCCAGGGCUCCAAGACCGUGCAGGAGGUGACGGAAAUGGCCUCCGUCAAGCGCUACCUGGACGGCACGGGCUGCAUCGCCGGCGUGCUGGUGCCCUCCAAGGCCGACCCCGCCAAGACGGAGAAGAUGAGCAUCUACCAGGCCAUGUGGAAGGGCAUCCUGCGGCAGGGCACGGCCCUGGUGCUGCUGGAGGCGCAGGCUGCCACCGGCUUCCUCGUUGACCCGCUCGCCAACAAGAAGCUCUCCGUGGACGAGGCCGUCUCCUCCGGGCUGGUGGGCAGCGAGCUGCACGAGAAGCUCCUCUCGGCCGAGAGGGCCGUCACGGGCUACACCGACCCCUACACCGGCGAGCAGAUCUCCCUCUUCCAGGCCAUGAAGAAGGAGCUCAUCGUCAAGGAGCACGGCAUCCGCCUGCUCGAGGCCCAGAUCGCCACCGGCGGCAUCAUCGACCCCGUGCACAGCCACCGCCUCCCCGUGGAGGUGGCCUACCGCCGCGGCUACUUCGACCAGGAGAUGAGCCAGGUCCUCUCCGACCCCACCGACGACACCAAGGGCUUCUUCGACCCCAACACCCACGAGAACCUCACCUACAUGCAGCUCCUGCGCCGCUGCGUGCCCGACCCGGACACGGGGCUGCUCAUGCUCCAGCUGAUGGACAAGGGCUCCGUGCUCUACCAGCUGACCAAGGACGCCCGCAAAGCCCUGCAGGCCGCCCGCACCACCCUCAGCGUGGGGCUCUUCCGGGGCCAGAGCGUCACCGUCUGGGAGCUCCUCUUCUCCCGCUACGUGCCCGACCACCGGCGCCAGGACCUCCUCCGCAGGUACAAGGCGGGGACGCUCACCGUCUCGGAGAUGAUCACCCUCCUCACCGCCAUCGUCACCGGGGCCGAGGGCCAGGGCCACGGCGCCGCCCUGGCCCGCAAGCCCACGCAGCGGGAGGCCCCGCCGCCGGCCCAGAACGGCGAGGCCGCGGCCUCCCGGCAGCAGCGGGAGCGGGAGCGGGAGCGGGAGCGGGAGCUGGAGCUGGAGCGGGAGCUGGAGCUGGAGCGCUCCCUCACGUCCCACACCGUCGAGGUCUCGGCGGGCGGCUUCCAGGGCAGGAAGGUCUCCCUGUGGGAGCUCCUCUUCUCCAAGUACGUCUCCGAGGCAAAGAGGCAGGAGCUGCUGGGGCAGGUGCGCGCCGGCAGCCUGGCGCUGGACGAGCUGGCAAGGCUCCUCACCGUCCUCGUCGAGGAGGCGGUGGAGCGGAGCAGCAAGGUGAAAUUCACGGGCCUCAGGAGGCAGGUGACCGCCUCCGACCUGGUGGACUCGGGCAUCAUCGACAAGGACACGCUGGCCGACCUGGUCCAGGGCUCCAAGACCGUGCAGGAGGUGACGGAAAUGGCCUCCGUCAAGCGCUACCUGGACGGCACGGGCUGCAUCGCCGGCGUGCUGGUGCCCUCCAAGGCCGACCCCGCCAAGACGGAGAAGAUGAGCAUCUACCAGGCCAUGUGGAAGGGCAUCCUGCGGCAGGGCACGGCCCUGGUGCUGCUGGAGGCGCAGGCUGCCACCGGCUUCCUCGUUGACCCGCUCGCCAACAAGAAGCUCUCCGUGGACGAGGCCGUCUCCUCCGGGCUGGUGGGCAGCGAGCUGCACGAGAAGCUCCUCUCGGCCGAGAGGGCCGUCACGGGCUACACCGACCCCUACACCGGCGAGCAGAUCUCCCUCUUCCAGGCCAUGAAGAAGGAGCUCAUCGUCAAGGAGCACGGCAUCCGCCUGCUCGAGGCCCAGAUCGCCACCGGCGGCAUCAUCGACCCCGUGCACAGCCACCGCCUCCCCGUGGAGGUGGCCUACCGCCGCGGCUACUUCGACCAGGAGAUGAGCCAGGUCCUCUCCGACCCCACCGACGACACCAAGGGCUUCUUCGACCCCAACACCCACGAGAACCUCACCUACAUGCAGCUCCUGCGCCGCUGCGUGCCCGACCCGGACACGGGGCUGCUCAUGCUCCAGCUGAUGGACAAGGGCUCCGUGCUCUACCAGCUGACCGAGGACGCCCGCAAAGCCCUGCAGGCCGCCCGCACCACCCUCAGCGUGGGGCUCUUCCGGGGCCAGAGCGUCACCGUCUGGGAGCUCCUCUUCUCCCGCUACGUGCCCGACCACCGGCGCCAGGACCUCCUCCGCAGGUACAAGGCGGGGACGCUCACCGUCUCGGAGAUGAUCACCCUCCUCACCGCCAUCGUCACCGGGGCCGAGGGCCAGGGCCACGGCGCCGCCCUGGCCCGCAAGCCCACGCAGCGGGAGGCCCCGCCGCCGGCCCAGAACGGCGAGGCCGCGGCCUCCCGGCAGCAGCGGGAGCGGGAGCGGGAGCGGGAGCGGGAGCUGGAGCUGGAGCGGGAGCUGGAGCUGGAGCGCUCCCUCACGUCCCACACCGUCGAGGUCUCGGCGGGCGGCUUCCAGGGCAGGAAGGUCUCCCUGUGGGAGCUCCUCUUCUCCAAGUACGUCUCCGAGGCAAAGAGGCAGGAGCUGCUGGGGCAGGUGCGCGCCGGCAGCCUGGCGCUGGACGAGCUGGCAAGGCUCCUCACCGUCCUCGUCGAGGAGGCGGUGGAGCGGAGCAGCAAGGUGAAAUUCACGGGCCUCAGGAGGCAGGUGACCGCCUCCGACCUGGUGGACUCGGGCAUCAUCGACAAGGACACGCUGGCCGACCUGGUCCAGGGCUCCAAGACCGUGCAGGAGGUGACGGAAAUGGCCUCCGUCAAGCGCUACCUGGACGGCACGGGCUGCAUCGCCGGCGUGCUGGUGCCCUCCAAGGCCGACCCCGCCAAGACGGAGAAGAUGAGCAUCUACCAGGCCAUGUGGAAGGGCAUCCUGCGGCAGGGCACGGCCCUGGUGCUGCUGGAGGCGCAGGCUGCCACCGGCUUCCUCGUUGACCCGCUCGCCAACAAGAAGCUCUCCGUGGACGAGGCCGUCUCCUCCGGGCUGGUGGGCAGCGAGCUGCACGAGAAGCUCCUCUCGGCCGAGAGGGCCGUCACGGGCUACACCGACCCCUACACCGGCGAGCAGAUCUCCCUCUUCCAGGCCAUGAAGAAGGAGCUCAUCGUCAAGGAGCACGGCAUCCGCCUGCUCGAGGCCCAGAUCGCCACCGGCGGCAUCAUCGACCCCGUGCACAGCCACCGCCUCCCCGUGGAGGUGGCCUACCGCCGCGGCUACUUCGACCAGGAGAUGAGCCAGGUCCUCUCCGACCCCACCGACGACACCAAGGGCUUCUUCGACCCCAACACCCACGAGAACCUCACCUACAUGCAGCUCCUGCGCCGCUGCGUGCCCGACCCGGACACGGGGCUGCUCAUGCUCCAGCUGAUGGACAAGGGCUCCGUGCUCUACCAGCUGACCGAGGACGCCCGCAAAGCCCUGCAGGCCGCCCGCACCACCCUCAGCGUGGGGCUCUUCCGGGGCCAGAGCGUCACCGUCUGGGAGCUCCUCUUCUCCCGCUACGUGCCCGACCACCGGCGCCAGGACCUCCUCCGCAGGUACAAGGCGGGGACGCUCACCGUCUCGGAGAUGAUCACCCUCCUCACCGCCAUCGUCACCGGGGCCGAGGGCCAGGGCCACGGCGCCGCCCUGGCCCGCAAGCCCACGCAGCGGGAGGCCCCGCCGCCGGCCCAGAACGGCGAGGCCGCGGCCUCCCGGCAGCAGCGGGAGCGGGAGCGGGAGCGGGAGCGGGAGCUGGAGCUGGAGCGGGAGCUGGAGCUGGAGCGCUCCCUCACGUCCCACACCGUCGAGGUCUCGGCGGGCGGCUUCCAGGGCAGGAAGGUCUCCCUGUGGGAGCUCCUCUUCUCCAAGUACGUCUCCGAGGCAAAGAGGCAGGAGCUGCUGGGGCAGGUGCGCGCCGGCAGCCUGGCGCUGGACGAGCUGGCAAGGCUCCUCACCGUCCUCGUCGAGGAGGCGGUGGAGCGGAGCAGCAAGGUGAAAUUCACGGGCCUCAGGAGGCAGGUGACCGCCUCCGACCUGGUGGACUCGGGCAUCAUCGACAAGGACACGCUGGCCGACCUGGUCCAGGGCUCCAAGACCGUGCAGGAGGUGACGGAAAUGGCCUCCGUCAAGCGCUACCUGGACGGCACGGGCUGCAUCGCCGGCGUGCUGGUGCCCUCCAAGGCCGACCCCGCCAAGACGGAGAAGAUGAGCAUCUACCAGGCCAUGUGGAAGGGCAUCCUGCGGCAGGGCACGGCCCUGGUGCUGCUGGAGGCGCAGGCUGCCACCGGCUUCCUCGUUGACCCGCUCGCCAACAAGAAGCUCUCCGUGGACGAGGCCGUCUCCUCCGGGCUGGUGGGCAGCGAGCUGCACGAGAAGCUCCUCUCGGCCGAGAGGGCCGUCACGGGCUACACCGACCCCUACACCGGCGAGCAGAUCUCCCUCUUCCAGGCCAUGAAGAAGGAGCUCAUCGUCAAGGAGCACGGCAUCCGCCUGCUCGAGGCCCAGAUCGCCACCGGCGGCAUCAUCGACCCCGUGCACAGCCACCGCCUCCCCGUGGAGGUGGCCUACCGCCGCGGCUACUUCGACCAGGAGAUGAGCCAGGUCCUCUCCGACCCCACCGACGACACCAAGGGCUUCUUCGACCCCAACACCCACGAGAACCUCACCUACAUGCAGCUCCUGCGCCGCUGCGUGCCCGACCCGGACACGGGGCUGCUCAUGCUCCAGCUGAUGGACAAGGGCUCCGUGCUCUACCAGCUGACCGAGGACGCCCGCAAAGCCCUGCAGGCCGCCCGCACCACCCUCAGCGUGGGGCUCUUCCGGGGCCAGAGCGUCACCGUCUGGGAGCUCCUCUUCUCCCGCUACGUGCCCGACCACCGGCGCCAGGACCUCCUCCGCAGGUACAAGGCGGGGACGCUCACCGUCUCGGAGAUGAUCACCCUCCUCACCGCCAUCGUCACCGGGGCCGAGGGCCAGGGCCACGGCGCCGCCCUGGCCCGCAAGCCCACGCAGCGGGAGGCCCCGCCGCCGGCCCAGAACGGCGAGGCCGCGGCCUCCCGGCAGCAGCGGGAGCGGGAGCGGGAGCGGGAGCGGGAGCUGGAGCUGGAGCGGGAGCUGGAGCUGGAGCGCUCCCUCACGUCCCACACCGUCGAGGUCUCGGCGGGCGGCUUCCAGGGCAGGAAGGUCUCCCUGUGGGAGCUCCUCUUCUCCAAGUACGUCUCCGAGGCAAAGAGGCAGGAGCUGCUGGGGCAGGUGCGCGCCGGCAGCCUGGCGCUGGACGAGCUGGCAAGGCUCCUCACCGUCCUCGUCGAGGAGGCGGUGGAGCGGAGCAGCAAGGUGAAAUUCACGGGCCUCAGGAGGCAGGUGACCGCCUCCGACCUGGUGGACUCGGGCAUCAUCGACAAGGACACGCUGGCCGACCUGGUCCAGGGCUCCAAGACCGUGCAGGAGGUGACGGAAAUGGCCUCCGUCAAGCGCUACCUGGACGGCACGGGCUGCAUCGCCGGCGUGCUGGUGCCCUCCAAGGCCGACCCCGCCAAGACGGAGAAGAUGAGCAUCUACCAGGCCAUGUGGAAGGGCAUCCUGCGGCAGGGCACGGCCCUGGUGCUGCUGGAGGCGCAGGCUGCCACCGGCUUCCUCGUUGACCCGCUCGCCAACAAGAAGCUCUCCGUGGACGAGGCCGUCUCCUCCGGGCUGGUGGGCAGCGAGCUGCACGAGAAGCUCCUCUCGGCCGAGAGGGCCGUCACGGGCUACACCGACCCCUACACCGGCGAGCAGAUCUCCCUCUUCCAGGCCAUGAAGAAGGAGCUCAUCGUCAAGGAGCACGGCAUCCGCCUGCUCGAGGCCCAGAUCGCCACCGGCGGCAUCAUCGACCCCGUGCACAGCCACCGCCUCCCCGUGGAGGUGGCCUACCGCCGCGGCUACUUCGACCAGGAGAUGAGCCAGGUCCUCUCCGACCCCACCGACGACACCAAGGGCUUCUUCGACCCCAACACCCACGAGAACCUCACCUACAUGCAGCUCCUGCGCCGCUGCGUGCCCGACCCGGACACGGGGCUGCUCAUGCUCCAGCUGAUGGACAAGGGCUCCGUGCUCUACCAGCUGACCGAGGACGCCCGCAAAGCCCUGCAGGCCGCCCGCACCACCCUCAGCGUGGGGCUCUUCCGGGGCCAGAGCGUCACCGUCUGGGAGCUCCUCUUCUCCCGCUACGUGCCCGACCACCGGCGCCAGGACCUCCUCCGCAGGUACAAGGCGGGGACGCUCACCGUCUCGGAGAUGAUCACCCUCCUCACCGCCAUCGUCACCGGGGCCGAGGGCCAGGGCCACGGCGCCGCCCUGGCCCGCAAGCCCACGCAGCGGGAGGCCCCGCCGCCGGCCCAGAACGGCGAGGCCGCGGCCUCCCGGCAGCAGCGGGAGCGGGAGCGGGAGCGGGAGCGGGAGCUGGAGCUGGAGCGGGAGCUGGAGCUGGAGCGCUCCCUCACGUCCCACACCGUCGAGGUCUCGGCGGGCGGCUUCCAGGGCAGGAAGGUCUCCCUGUGGGAGCUCCUCUUCUCCAAGUACGUCUCCGAGGCAAAGAGGCAGGAGCUGCUGGGGCAGGUGCGCGCCGGCAGCCUGGCGCUGGACGAGCUGGCAAGGCUCCUCACCGUCCUCGUCGAGGAGGCGGUGGAGCGGAGCAGCAAGGUGAAAUUCACGGGCCUCAGGAGGCAGGUGACCGCCUCCGACCUGGUGGACUCGGGCAUCAUCGACAAGGACACGCUGGCCGACCUGGUCCAGGGCUCCAAGACCGUGCAGGAGGUGACGGAAAUGGCCUCCGUCAAGCGCUACCUGGACGGCACGGGCUGCAUCGCCGGCGUGCUGGUGCCCUCCAAGGCCGACCCCGCCAAGACGGAGAAGAUGAGCAUCUACCAGGCCAUGUGGAAGGGCAUCCUGCGGCAGGGCACGGCCCUGGUGCUGCUGGAGGCGCAGGCUGCCACCGGCUUCCUCGUUGACCCGCUCGCCAACAAGAAGCUCUCCGUGGACGAGGCCGUCUCCUCCGGGCUGGUGGGCAGCGAGCUGCACGAGAAGCUCCUCUCGGCCGAGAGGGCCGUCACGGGCUACACCGACCCCUACACCGGCGAGCAGAUCUCCCUCUUCCAGGCCAUGAAGAAGGAGCUCAUCGUCAAGGAGCACGGCAUCCGCCUGCUCGAGGCCCAGAUCGCCACCGGCGGCAUCAUCGACCCCGUGCACAGCCACCGCCUCCCCGUGGAGGUGGCCUACCGCCGCGGCUACUUCGACCAGGAGAUGAGCCAGGUCCUCUCCGACCCCACCGACGACACCAAGGGCUUCUUCGACCCCAACACCCACGAGAACCUCACCUACAUGCAGCUCCUGCGCCGCUGCGUGCCCGACCCGGACACGGGGCUGCUCAUGCUCCAGCUGAUGGACAAGGGCUCCGUGCUCUACCAGCUGACCGAGGACGCCCGCAAAGCCCUGCAGGCCGCCCGCACCACCCUCAGCGUGGGGCUCUUCCGGGGCCAGAGCGUCACCGUCUGGGAGCUCCUCUUCUCCCGCUACGUGCCCGACCACCGGCGCCAGGACCUCCUCCGCAGGUACAAGGCGGGGACGCUCACCGUCUCGGAGAUGAUCACCCUCCUCACCGCCAUCGUCACCGGGGCCGAGGGCCAGGGCCACGGCGCCGCCCUGGCCCGCAAGCCCACGCAGCGGGAGGCCCCGCCGCCGGCCCAGAACGGCGAGGCCGCGGCCUCCCGGCAGCAGCGGGAGCGGGAGCGGGAGCGGGAGCGGGAGCUGGAGCUGGAGCGGGAGCUGGAGCUGGAGCGCUCCCUCACGUCCCACACCGUCGAGGUCUCGGCGGGCGGCUUCCAGGGCAGGAAGGUCUCCCUGUGGGAGCUCCUCUUCUCCAAGUACGUCUCCGAGGCAAAGAGGCAGGAGCUGCUGGGGCAGGUGCGCGCCGGCAGCCUGGCGCUGGACGAGCUGGCAAGGCUCCUCACCGUCCUCGUCGAGGAGGCGGUGGAGCGGAGCAGCAAGGUGAAAUUCACGGGCCUCAGGAGGCAGGUGACCGCCUCCGACCUGGUGGACUCGGGCAUCAUCGACAAGGACACGCUGGCCGACCUGGUCCAGGGCUCCAAGACCGUGCAGGAGGUGACGGAAAUGGCCUCCGUCAAGCGCUACCUGGACGGCACGGGCUGCAUCGCCGGCGUGCUGGUGCCCUCCAAGGCCGACCCCGCCAAGACGGAGAAGAUGAGCAUCUACCAGGCCAUGUGGAAGGGCAUCCUGCGGCAGGGCACGGCCCUGGUGCUGCUGGAGGCGCAGGCUGCCACCGGCUUCCUCGUUGACCCGCUCGCCAACAAGAAGCUCUCCGUGGACGAGGCCGUCUCCUCCGGGCUGGUGGGCAGCGAGCUGCACGAGAAGCUCCUCUCGGCCGAGAGGGCCGUCACGGGCUACACCGACCCCUACACCGGCGAGCAGAUCUCCCUCUUCCAGGCCAUGAAGAAGGAGCUCAUCGUCAAGGAGCACGGCAUCCGCCUGCUCGAGGCCCAGAUCGCCACCGGCGGCAUCAUCGACCCCGUGCACAGCCACCGCCUCCCCGUGGAGGUGGCCUACCGCCGCGGCUACUUCGACCAGGAGAUGAGCCAGGUCCUCUCCGACCCCACCGACGACACCAAGGGCUUCUUCGACCCCAACACCCACGAGAACCUCACCUACAUGCAGCUCCUGCGCCGCUGCGUGCCCGACCCGGACACGGGGCUGCUCAUGCUCCAGCUGAUGGACAAGGGCUCCGUGCUCUACCAGCUGACCGAGGACGCCCGCAAAGCCCUGCAGGCCGCCCGCACCACCCUCAGCGUGGGGCUCUUCCGGGGCCAGAGCGUCACCGUCUGGGAGCUCCUCUUCUCCCGCUACGUGCCCGACCACCGGCGCCAGGACCUCCUCCGCAGGUACAAGGCGGGGACGCUCACCGUCUCGGAGAUGAUCACCCUCCUCACCGCCAUCGUCACCGGGGCCGAGGGCCAGGGCCACGGCGCCGCCCUGGCCCGCAAGCCCACGCAGCGGGAGGCCCCGCCGCCGGCCCAGAACGGCGAGGCCGCGGCCUCCCGGCAGCAGCGGGAGCGGGAGCGCGGCUUCCAGGGCAGGAAGGUCUCCCUGUGGGAGCUCCUCUUCUCCAAGUACGUCUCCGAGGCAAAGAGGCAGGAGCUGCUGGGGCAGGUGCGCGCCGGCAGCCUGGCGCUGGACGAGCUGGCAAGGCUCCUCACCGUCCUCGUCGAGGAGGCGGUGGAGCGGAGCAGCAAGGUGAAAUUCACGGGCCUCAGGAGGCAGGUGACCGCCUCCGACCUGGUGGACUCGGGCAUCAUCGACAAGGACACGCUGGCCGACCUGGUCCAGGGCUCCAAGACCGUGCAGGAGGUGACGGAAAUGGCCUCCGUCAAGCGCUACCUGGACGGCACGGGCUGCAUCGCCGGCGUGCUGGUGCCCUCCAAGGCCGACCCCGCCAAGACGGAGAAGAUGAGCAUCUACCAGGCCAUGUGGAAGGGCAUCCUGCGGCAGGGCACGGCCCUGGUGCUGCUGGAGGCGCAGGCUGCCACCGGCUUCCUCGUUGACCCGCUCGCCAACAAGAAGCUCUCCGUGGACGAGGCCGUCUCCUCCGGGCUGGUGGGCAGCGAGCUGCACGAGAAGCUCCUCUCGGCCGAGAGGGCCGUCACGGGCUACACCGACCCCUACACCGGCGAGCAGAUCUCCCUCUUCCAGGCCAUGAAGAAGGAGCUCAUCGUCAAGGAGCACGGCAUCCGCCUGCUCGAGGCCCAGAUCGCCACCGGCGGCAUCAUCGACCCCGUGCACAGCCACCGCCUCCCCGUGGAGGUGGCCUACCGCCGCGGCUACUUCGACCAGGAGAUGAGCCAGGUCCUCUCCGACCCCACCGACGACACCAAGGGCUUCUUCGACCCCAACACCCACGAGAACCUCACCUACAUGCAGCUCCUGCGCCGCUGCAUGAUUGAUCCGGACACUGGCCUUUAUUUCCUUAAUGUUUUUGAAAAACAGUUACACACGUGGUGCCCCACAGUAGCAGGACUGUUCCCAGAGACAAUGCAGAAGAUGAGCGGACCCCCUCAGGACAACAAGUCAAGCAACAACAUGGGCAGUAACCUGCUUGCAGAUGGACACAAAGAGGUGGGUGGGGGUGGGAGCAACUUCAUAGCUGGAGUCUUCAUCCAGGCCAUGAAGAAGAAGAUGAGUAUCUAUGAUGCCAUGAUGAGGGGGCUCCUGACACCAGGUACGGCCCUGGUGCUGCUGGAGGCACAGGCCGCUUCAGGGUUCCUCACCGACCCCGUGAGGAACCAGAAACUAUCAGUGAAAGAGGCGCUGACCGCAGGACUCAUUGGCAGAGAUUUUUAUGAGAAGCUGCUGUCGGCAGAGGGAGCAGUGACAGGGUACACAGAGCCAUACACAGGACACAAGAUCUCCCUCUUCCAGGCCAUGAAGAAAGAGUUCAUCGUCAAGGAGCACGCUAUCCGCCUGCUCGAGGCCCAGAUCGCCACUGGCGGCAUCAUCGACCCCGUGCAUGGCCACCGCCUCCCCGUGGAAGUGGCCCACCAGUGUGGCUACUUCGACCAGGAGAUGAGCCAGUUUCUUUCUAACCCCAAGAAUCAAACAAGAAGUUGCUUCGACCCCAACACCCACGAGAACCUCACUUACACACAGCUCCUGCGCCGCUGUGUCCCCGACCCGGACACGGGGCUGCUCAUGCUCCAGGUGAUGGACAAGGGCUCCGUGCUCUACCAGCUGAACAAGGAUGCCCGGAAAGUCCUGCAGGCCGCCCGCACCACCCUCAGCGUGGGGCUCUUCCAGGGCCAGAGCGUCACCGUCUGGGAGCUCCUCUUCUCCCGCUACAUCCCUGAUCACCAGAGAGAGGAGCUGCUGAGGAAAUACAAGGCGGGGACAGUGACCAUCCCAGAGAUGAUCACCAUCCUCACCACCAUCGUCACCACGGCAGAAAUGGAAAACGGGGAUAAGAGCUCAUCCACAGUUACACCCAACAACGAGGUGGAAGCAUCACAACCAGUUCAGGAUACGCACUCCCAGGAGCAACAGUUGAGAAAGUCCUUAAAAUCUGCGACCAUCUAUGUCACUGCUGGUGAGUUCCAGGGGCAAAACAUUUCCUUGUUGGAUCUGCUCUUUUCCAAAUACAUCCCUCAAGGGAAGCGGCAAGAGCUGCUGGAGCUGUACAGAGCAGGGAUACUGACCACAGGACAGGUGGCUACUGUGGUCACCAACAUCAUAAACAGGACAGAAGCUGCAAAUGCUGCACUCAUGGUGAACACCAGAAGUCCACACAAGGCGGUGACAAGGACAGAGGAAAAUGGAGAUGGUUUCUCAGCAGAAGAUGCGCAACUAGAUAACAUUUUGAAGUCUACCACGAUUGAAGUGCCAGCUGGUGAGUUGCAGGGGAGACAGGUCUCUGUGUGGGACCUGCUCUUCUCUGACUACCUCCCUGAGGAGAAAAGGCAGGAGCUCCUGGAGCUGUACCGUGAAAGAGUAUUAACUCUGGAGCAGAUGAUAACUGUUGUCACCACUCUCAUUAAGAAAAAAGAAUCUACAGGCAGGAAAUUCCUAAUUGCAGUCAAAACUUCCGACAAGGACACUGUGUCAGCAGCAGGAGAGAAGGAUGGCGACUCCCCCAAAGAAGAACCGUGGGAAAAAGCCUUGAAAACCACAGUCGUCGACAUGGAGGUUGGAGAGUUUCGAGGCCACAAGAUCUCUGUGUGGGACCUGCUCCACUCCAAGUAUAUCCCUGAGGAGAACAGAAAGGAGCUCCUGGAGCUGUACCAGGCAGGAGAGUUAACCCUCGAGCAGGUGAAAAUGGUUGUCAGCACUAUUGUAACCAAGGCAGAAGCAGCAAGGGCAGAGCAAUCGGCGAAUGCGAGUAGUCCAAGAGCAGAGACAACAGUUGCAGAAGCUGAGGACACCCACCUGCAGGAGGACAACACCUGGGAAGAGACCCUGAAGUCCACUACAGUGGAGAUGUCAGUGGGUGAGUUCCAGGGGAGACAGGUCUCUGUGUGGGACCUGCUCUUCUCCAACCACAUCCCUGAGGAGAAAAGGCAGGAGCUCCUGGAGCUGUACCGUGCAGGUGCAUUGCCCUUGGAGCGGUUAAUAAUUGUUGUCAACACUCUCAUUAAGAAAAAAGAAUCUACAGGCAGGAAAUUCCUAAUUGCAGUCAAGACUUCCGACAAGGACACUGUGUCAGCAGCAGGAGAGAAGGAUGGCGACUCCCCCAAAGAAGAACCGUGGGAAAAAGCCUUGAAAACCACAGUCGUCGACAUGGAGGUUGGAGAGUUUCGAGGCCACAAGAUCUCUGUGUGGGACCUGCUCCACUCCAAGUAUAUCCCUGAGGAGAACAGAAAGGAGCUCCUGGAGCUGUACCAGGCAGGAGAGUUAACCCUCGAGCAGGUGAAAAUGGUUGUCAGCACUAUUGUAACCAAGGCAGAAGCAGCAAGGGCAGAGCAAUCGGCGAAUGCGAGUAGUCCAAGAGCAGAGACAACAGUCGCAGAAGCUGAGGACACCCACCUGCAGGAGGACAACACCUGGGAAGAGACCCUGAAGUCCACCACAGUGGAGAUGUCAGUGGGUGAGUUCCAGGGGAGACAGGUCUCUGUGUGGGACCUGCUCUUCUCCAACCACAUCCCUGAGGAGAAAAGGCAGGAGCUCCUGGAGCUGUACCGUGCAGGGACACUCACCCUUCAGGAUCUGGUCAGCACCACCAGCAGCAUUGCCACCGACAGCAAAGAAAGGCACCUUGCAACCCUUCCCCAGCAGACAGUGGAUCUCCUCCAGUCCGAGGGCUCCUACAUUACUUUUGGCCAGUUCCAGGAGCAGAGGGUGUCGGUGUGGGAGCUCCUCUCCACCAAGCAAGUCUCCGAGUACAAACGAGAGGCACAUCUCGACACUUACGGCACGGGAGGGCUGACCGUGAACAAGAUCACCAUCACCACCACAGUCGUCACAGGCCCGCAGCGUAAGAAGAGACACCACCAGGACCACUAG